AUGGAAAAUGAAACGUCACUUGUAAAUGUUAUGGAAAUUAAUUUAGUUAGAAAUAGUGUUUUUGAACAAAUUCCAAGUAUAAAAGAUAUUAGCAAUCUUGCUAAAACUUGUCGUUUAUUGUAUCUUUAUGCACAAGGAAGUACAUUAACAAAAGAAAUUAUGUGGUUUAGAGAUAUUCAAACUAUUGUCAUUAAACCAAAUGAAGAAAAUAUUCAAAAUUUGAAACCAUUAAAAUUAAAAGAUAUUAUUUUUGAAAAAGAUGGUAAUAUUUUAAAUGUUUUUGAGAGUGCAAAAUGUUUUUUUGGUGAAACUAUUCCCAUAUGGAAUUGUUUAACAUUUAACAUUUGUAAUUCAGUAAUUAAAUUUAAGAAAAGAGAUCGUGUACCAAUAAUUAAAAAACUAGUUAGAGAAAUGAACAUGAAUUGUGAAUUACGGAAGGACGCAAGAAUAUUAAAUUUUUUAAUAAAAUCAAAUGAUAAUCAUCAUAUGAUACUUCAUGCUUUAGGUUAUAUGAAACAUGAUAAUAUUAUUAGAAUUAUAGUUCCAGCAACAAUUUUUAUGUUAGAUUCAUUUUAUAAUAAAAAACUUGAAUGUAGUAUUUUUGAAGGCUUCCCAAAACUUUCUGAAAUUUCAAUUAUAACAGGACCAAAUGUAGGUAACUAUGUUGAUAAUGAUUUUAAAGAACAUAUUAUUGGACAUGUUUUAAAAGAAUUUUCAAAGAAAAAAAAUCCAAAGAUACUUCUUAGUGAUUCUGACUAUGCUUAUGAAAAUUCUCCUAUACUUGUUGAUACAAUUUUAAAACUUGCCGCAAAGUAUCAAAUAAGGUUUACUUGUAAUGGAUAUUACUUGUUUAAUAAGUUAAAUAAAUUUGUCUGUCCUGUUGAAGAAGGUAACCUUACUAUAGGUAAACUUCUAGCAUCUGUAUCACUUUCAUUUUCAAGUUCCAUGACAUUUCCAGAAACUAUGAAAAGAUUACAAUCACAUGCAAAUUUUGAAGAAUUAAAAUUAAAAUUUCAUUUUUUUAAUAUUAAAAAUAUAUUAAACAAAUUAAAUGAAUAUAAUUAUGGUUCAAUAUCUCUUGAGAAUUGUACCAAUCUUAAAGAUGUUCAAUUUGUAUUUACAGAUUACUCUACAAUGAUUAAUUCAUUUGAUAAUUAUGAAUGGAUACAAAAAAUAAGUUUAGAAAAUGUAAAAUGUCUUGCUACAUUGAUGCCAAAUAGUGUUGAAAAAUUGGAAUUAUGGUAUAUUAAUGGAAUAACAAGAGAAGUAACUGAUACACUGGUUAAAUAUAUGCCAAAAAUAAAAAUAUUAAAAACUUACAAAGUAACAAGUAUAGAUUCUGAUUGGCUUAAAGCAUUUCAAAAUUUAUAUGUUUAUAUUUAUUAUGGUAAUACUGCAGUUGAAAUACCAAGUACUGUUAAAGUUUUAAAUAUUCGAAAUACUGAUAUAUAUGGUGGUGGUAAUGAGGAACCUAUAGGACAAGAAACUGUAGAUACCUAUUUAGCUAAAUUUUCUAAAUGUGUUAAAAAUGGAGAAAAUGAUUAUAUUUUCUUUAAUGAUUUAAAUGAUUGGGAAACAUUUAAAUUAACAAUUCGUGAAAUUUAA